CUCGAGACAGCAUCCAACUCUCGCUUCAGCUAGAGGACAUCGACGUCGACAUCCCUCCACAGGAUCGAAUCCUUCUUGGGCUAUUCACCGCUGCAUCCAUUCAUCACCCUCUCUUGCCGUCGCGCAGUUUCUGGCAUCAUUCUUUCUCCCUCAGUACCUGCACUCAACAAUUCCCCCAACCACUUUCAACCCACACCCUCCCUUUCCUCCUGCACAAAGAGGAUUCACCGGUUUCGGCACACACUCAUUCCCACUUCCCUCACCCUUUUACCCUCGACCCUCGACCCUUGACCCUUGAUCCUCGACCCACAACUCCCACGUCCGUCAGGUAGAACAAUUCUUCCCAGCUUAUAACACACACCGCGUGGACGGAACAGAAGGGUGAUGACCUGGAGGGAUGAACAGGCAUCACGCCUUAGCCAACGGCUACGGUGCCGGUAAGAAGCGCGACGACGAUGUAUACUAUCUGUCAGAAAAAUCCGACCUCGAGAGCAAAUAUAUCUGGGGUGUUAACGACUUGGUCGACGAUGAGAGAUCAGACUCUGUAUUUGGCCGACGCUUCGAGCCACGCAAGAAGGCUGUCUACAACCGGAACCGCUUAAUUCGUUUGGCAUUGCUCGCGGUCUCCUUCAUUGCACUCCCAUUAUACUUUUUCUUUCCAUCCUCCAAAAAUCUUGCUUCGCUUUCAUCCACCUCUUCUACCAAGUCGAGGGCCGGUGACGAGCUGCAAACUCUACGAUAUUACGACUUAGACGAUGUGCAAGGCACCUCGGUGGGCUGGGAGAGAGAAGAAAGGGUUUUGCUGUGCACCCCAUUACGAGACGCCGCUCCUCACCUGCCUAUGUUCUUUUCCCAUCUCCGAAACUUUACCUACCCUCACCAUCUCAUCGACUUGGCCUUUCUGGUUUCCGACUCCAAGGAUGACACCGAAAGCUUGUUGACUCGCAUGUUGGAAGAUUUACAAGCCGAUCCCGACCCGUCACAGCCAUAUGGAGAAAUCUCCGUCAUACACAAGGACUUUGGGCAAGCCGUGGGUCAAGAUGUGGACAACCGUCACGGUUUCGCUGCACAGGCGGGCAGAAGAAAGCUCAUGGCUCGAGCAAGAAAUUGGCUGCUGAGUGCCGCCCUCAGACCUUACCAUAGCUGGGUCUAUUGGCGUGACGCUGAUGUCGAGACGUGUCCUUUUACGGUCAUUGAGGAUCUGAUGAGACAUGAUAGAGACAUCAUUGUGCCGAAUAUCUGGCGCCCUCUCCCUGACUGGCUGGGCGGUGAGCAGCCUUAUGAUCUCAAUUCCUGGCAAGAAUCCGAAACUGCCAUUGCUCUGGCCGAGACCCUGGACGAGGAUGCCGUUAUUGUCGAAGGUUAUGCCGAGUAUGCCACCUGGAGACCCCAUCUCGCAUAUCUCCGCGAUCCCUAUGGUGACCCGGAUGUCGAGAUGGAGCUCGAUGGUAUUGGCGGCGUUUCCAUCCUCGCCAAAGCCCGCGUAUCGCGUGCCGGAGUCCACUUUCCUGCCUUUUCAUUCGAGCGACACGCCGAGACGGAAGGUUUUGGGAAAAUGGCGAAACGAAUGGAUUUUUCCGUGGUUGGCCUACCACAUUACACAGUGUGGCAUCUAUACGAACCAUCCGUGGACGAUAUCCGCCACAUGGAAGAGAUGGAAGCAGAGAAACGUGCUAGAGAAGGGCAAGAAAAAGAAGCUGCCGAGCUUGCACGUAAAGUCCAACAGACCUUCCAAACGGUGGACAAAGAGUGGGAAAAAGACAAGGCAGCGAUUGCAGAAAGCGUGGCCAAGACGAAGCAGAAACAGAAGCCGAGUGGCGAGAUUUCUGACGAGGAUAUAGACGACCGGGAACCGAACGAGGGCCCGGCUCAGGUUGCAUCGCCCGGCAAGCUGAUGGAAGACGACGUCGAACCUGUGGCUUUUGAACACUAAGCCUAGGCAGGCAGGUCAAGAAUUCUCGACAUCAUUCUCGAUUGGCAAACAUGAUUCAGGAUUACAUUACUGCUAUGGGUACGACUAGGACUAUGGGACCAUGAUAGACGGUGAGCGAUCAAUCCAGGCGGGCAUACAUUUAUGGGAUCAGGCGUUUGCAAGCCGGGUGGUGGGUAUUUCGCCAAAAGCAGCAUAUUUUUGUGGGAGGUGUGGUUGAAUGGCCAAAGAUGGGUUCGAACCAGGAAUCAAGCGGCCCUAUCCAUAUAUCUUGGAAGACGAGUGGAUCGGUAACUGGUUCACAGAGGGUACUUGUAACAUCAUGACAUCCCAUGCCAGUUCAGAAAUCCUCCGAAGUUGAAGCCAGGAGGUUGAGGUCGAAGGGACAGCACUGGUUAUACCCGGCCGGAACGGUAACUAGGAGAACGUCUCGUCAUGCGAGACUUGACUGGGAAGGAUGGAAGGCGGUUGGAGAUCAAUUUCAAGUCAGGACAUUAGCGUUGUACCAAAAUAGAGGCAGGAAUGGCAGACUAGAAGAGAAGUGUAUCAACAGAAAUGAUGCAUCCAGAUAUACU